AUGCCAAAUAAUAGAAAAAGACAUAUGGAUUAUAAAGAUAAGAUUUCACCUAAUAUAAAUGAUGGAAAGCCGAAAAAAAGAUGUAUUGAUGAUAAAGAUGAUAAUAUUACAACAAUGGACACAAUAAAAAAUGUUUCCUUGCUUGUACUGUCCACAGGAGAUGCCUUUACAAAUUAUGUACCAAUACUUAAAACAAUAUGUGAUUUAUGUGAAACAAUUAUUAGGCUUUAUGAUACUAUUAAAGAAAAUAAGACAAUUUCUAUAGCAUUAAUUCAUAGAGUUGAAUUGGCACAUGUAGCCAUUAAACAAAUGGAAAGAGAAAAAGAAGCAAAUGAAGAAAAUUUCCGUAAAGAAAGUUAUUUUAAAGCAUUUAAUAGGCUUGAAGCUGUUUUGAAAAAUAUUAAACAUUUUAUUAAACAUAUUUCAAGUUAUGGAGGAUUUAAAAAAUUUUUUAAUGCUGACCACAUUAAAAAGUGCUAUGAUGAUCAUGUUAAAAAUUUGGAAGGAGCUUGUGCAGAUUUACAAUUCAAUGUGAUUCUUUCCAGUUAUCAUACAAUGAAACAACAAGACAAUAACAUGGAGAAAUAUUUUGCUAAAAUAUACGAAAAAUUUGAGAAUUUGGAAACAACAAUGCAGAAUAAUGAUGUAAAAUUAAGUCACAGAAAGGAUACAGAUGUAAGAGGUGCAAAUAAAAGGGUUGUUAAAAAAAUACUUAGAAAAACAGUUGAGGUGGCAUGUAAAACUAUUCUACAUUAUCCAAAGGAUGAUGGUACCUCUGAAUCAAAAAAAUUUCAAGCAAAACUUGCAAUACUAAAUGCUAUUCAAUGUAAAUAUAUCAUUAAAUUUUAUGGUAUCUCCAAUGUAAAUUCUCAUAAUGCUUUGAUAUUUGGCUGGGCUGAAAAGGGCAAUUUAAAAGAUUUGUACAAUACUCAUUACAUUGACUGGGUUACAAAAUUAAAGAUUUCAUAUGAUGUCAUUAGAGGACUUUUUUUUAUGCAUAAUGGUGAAAUUUUACAUCAUGAUGUUAAAUGUGAAAAUAUAUUAAUUGAUGAGGAUGGAAAUGCAAAAGUUUCAAAUUUUGAACUUAGUCGUAAUCUAUCUGGUGAAACUUCAAGAAUUUCAAAUUUAAAUGACUAUAUUCCUUGGUUGGCUCCUGAAAAAAUAGAAUCAGGAACUCAACUUUAUAAUCUUGAUUGUGAAAUGUUUAGCUUUGGAAUGUUUCUUUGGGAGCUUACUUAUCAACAAAUUCCAUAUAAAGAAAUGAAUGCAAUUAGUAUUGGUGAACAUGUCAAAAGUGCCUGGGAACAUUCACCCCAUAAUCGUCCAUCUUUUGAUGAAAUAAAAAAUGAAUUGGCAGAAUCAUGGAAAUGUUUUGAAAAUACUAAAUAUGUAGCUAAAUUUAUUGCUAAAGAUGAAGUUUCAAAUGACAAAAUUCAACAUCAUAACAUUGAUAAGGACUCAGAUUUUAAACCAUAG